UUCCUCGACGCCAGCCAAGCAAACGACAUGCAAGCUUUGUGUGGCGUCAUGCGCAGAAGCAAGCGCGUGUUCACGUGACUGCUAGGAAGUGACCGUUGCGUACACAAUCCACACGUCUGUCUUACUAGCAUUUUAUCGUAAUGUUCGGUCGUGGAAGUAGCAAACAUGCUUCAUGCAAAAGCCUCGUCAAUCGAUCGAUCUCAAUGUCCUCACUGCCUGUUGCCCUUCACCACUCCCUCCACCCACCAGCGACAUUUCCACACACACCCCCACCCUCCGGGCUCAUGCUCUUCAUCACCAUAAGUCCGGGUCACCCAGUUUCUUGCCUGCAUACUUCCAAGUCGCCGUCGGCAAGCAUUUGCAGGCAAUACAGUAUGCCAGCCAUCCCCAAUUUCAGUAGCCCUCCUCAAACGCAUUUGUCAUUCGUCGCUUGUACAGGUGCUCGUUCGCGUACGCUCGUAGACUUUAAUCUUGACCAUGGCUGCUCCAUAGACGUUAUAACAACAACUGGAAGACCGGCGUACUCUUACUUACCGGCAGCCAAUUCUCAGCGGACGUCUGGCCACCUCUCUUACAGAUGAUUGUGGUUAGCCAUCCUACGCCUCUCCUCUCCACCAGCCGGCUUCAAGAUGUGUCUACUGUGUCGGCGCUCUGGCUCUGCCCUGCCUCCUCAUUCGACCGACUCCCGGUCUCGACAGGACAAC